GGGCACGGAUAUAACCUAUCGAUUGCGUUGGUGACAGUUCAAGGGCCGAACGUUAGCAUGGAUCAGGGACAACCCAACCUAUCUAGAGUGGUUGAAGGCGAAUGAUUUCGUCCAGAACAAGUGUACACGACUGGCAAAGGAGGUCGAGGAAAUUACUUCGUGAUGUCAAGUUCUUUGAACAACUUUGGAUCAGGUAUUGGUCUCUUUUUCGGCUUGUAGUACCUUUCAAAGCUCAGGGGGAUUUCUACAGGUGGCGGUGUAGGCUUGGGAUUGGGCUUUGGCAUGUAGUUAUUCUCAUCGAAGAUGAUCGGUUCCUGCGGUGGCGUAUCAACAUAUACGAUACGAUGUCCAUGGUUGAUAUAUUGAGUGUCAGCAACUUAGAUUAUACAAACAUGGAAUAACAUGGAAUACAAUCAUCCUCUGAUCAACAUGCCACACAAACACAUCUGCAAAGGGAUUUGCCACUGCCGCAUGAGCGAUGAAGAUUACGAAAAGAUGGUGAAUAAGGGAUUGGAUGACUGCUGUGCUAGCCUGAAGCAAUCAAGCAAUAGCAAAAAGCCACACGAAUCUGCGUUACGCUACAUGUUUUUGGCUAAUGAGAGAGAAAAUGAUUUGGCUUUUGGAGCUUAUGUGUGUGGGCUGAAUCUUGAUUUUGGCAAUUCCAUGUAAAGAAUCAACGCACAUUUCCCACCCAAAAUAGACAUCCAGUUUUUGAUUUAUGUAAACAUAUUAUAAUACUCUAUAACAGAACUAGCUGUAUUGCU